AUGCUCUUUUUACCAUUCAUGUGUACACUAGGAGUAAUUAGCGGUAUUGUGCUUCCUCGUGUGGAGACUUACAGUGACUCUAGUUCUGUAAGUUAUCCACUUGACUACGGCUUGAAUAUUAUCAAGGGGAACGAAGAUAUCAACAUCAGUAUCAUCAAGAGAGACUAUUCUCAGGAUGAGGCAGAUUUAUUCAAGAAGCUCUUUUUUAAGAACCAGAUCCACGCCUUUACGUUCAGCGGAGAGGGAGAUAUCCAGGACGAAGCCUGCUACGAUGACCGAUUGCCGGUAAACAUCAUCAUCCAUAAAGGAGACAAAACCACAGAGGCAGAGAAGGACUUUGUGGAUAAGUUAAGAAAAGUCAAAAAUGUCAUGGAAAUGCCUUCCACCGACUAUGGGAUUGUUGACGAAGACCUGCUCUUCAAGUUUGACACUGAUACCACCACUGAAGAAGAAGCCAUCCAGAUCCAAACCUUACAGAAGAAAAUGAUCAAGAACUCCGUGUAUGCUUUUUUGGAUAGACUCAACAACUUGGUUUAUGUGGUUAAUGGAACCACCUUAAACCAGGUUUAG